GCGCUGCUCUUCGACUGCGACGGCGUGCUGGUGGAGACGGAGGAGCUGCACCGCCUCGCCUACAACGAGGCCUUCGCCGCCUUCGGCCUCGAGACCGGCGGCGCGCCCGUCGAGUGGUCCGUGGCGUACUACGACGUGCUCCAGAACACGGUCGGCGGCGGCAAGCCGAAGAUGAAGUUCCACUUCACGGAGACGGUCAAGGAGUGGCCGGCGGUGCGCGGCAUGGGCGGCCGGCCGACGCCGGCCGACGAGGCCGCGGGCAUGGCGCUCGUCGACGAGCUCCAGGACUACAAGACGGAGUGCUACAAGCGGCUCGUGACCUCGGCGGUCCCGCGGCCGGGCGUCCUCGAGCUCAUGGACGACGCCAUCGCCACGGAGGGCCUCGCCGUCGGCAUCUGCUCCGCGUCGACGCGCGGCGGCUUCGAGAAGGUCGUCGACGCCGUCGUCGGCCAAUCGCGGCUCGCGCAGCUCGACUGCGUCAUCGCGGGCGACGACGUCGCGAACAAGAAGCCCGACCCCGAGAUCUACGACCUCGCGGCGACGCGCCUCGGCGUCGACCGCGGCGCCUGCGUCGUCGUCGAGGACUCCCUCGUCGGGCUCCGCGCCGCCAAGGCCGCGGGCAUGCGGUGCGUCGUCACCUACACGGCGUCCACGGCGCGCGAGGACUUCUACGCCGAGGGCGCCGACGCCAAGCUCCCCGACAUGUCCGCCGGCGUCGACGCGACCAUGCUCUUCGCCGACGGCAAGCCCAGGGCCGAGCUCCUCGCGGACCUUCGCGACGCCGCCUAG